GCCGCCAUAAUGAAACGAUAAACCGCACACACAUACAUAGAGAACAACAUGGCAGUUUCAUCUCAAAAGCUUAUUCGACUACGGAUAAUACUGCCAACCACGGUAUCUAAAUCGUGAAAUCGUAAGCAUUGGUUUCUUGAUUUAUCAAUUCAUCCGUCAGAGCCCUUAACUACGUCCAAACUCGUGGUUGACGUGAAGUUAUUUCAACUGUUGCUUUUCGGCCGAAUGUGUACGACUGUAUGACUUUACAUUGAUAUCACUUGUCGAAUAUGGUGUGACAGUUUAUUAAAUGACCAAGAAACCGAGAUGGCGAAUAGGAUUCGGUCAAUUGUGAGUAAGAAUAAACGUCGGUACCAGGAAGAUGGCUUUGACUUGGAUUUGACCUAUAUUUAUCCAAAUAUCAUUGCCAUGGGCUUCCCUGCCGAAUCCAUUGAAGGCGUUUACAGGAAUAACAUCAACCAAGUAGCACGGUUUUUGGACCAACGACAUAAAGACCACUACAGGGUGUAUAAUUUAUGUACAGAAAGAUCAUAUGACCCAGUAAAGUUCCACAAGCGUGUGGUGUGUUACCCAUUUGAAGAUCACAAUCCACCACCCCUAGAGCUGAUCAAACCAUUUUGUGAGGAUCUGGACGACUGGCUUAGAAAAGACAAAGAGAACAUCGCCGCCAUACACUGCAAAGCUGGCAAGGGACGGACAGGUGUUAUGAUCUGUGCCUACCUCCUGCACAGAAAUCUGUUUUCAGAUUACCAAAAGGCCUUGCUCCAUUACGGCCAGACAAGGACCAGGGACCAUAAGGGUGUGACCAUUCCUAGUCAGCGCCGUUUUGUAUGGUACUACGGAUAUCUCAUUGAACGCCGUCUACAAUACAAACCAGUUACCCUGUUGCUGACAGGCAUUGAAUUCAUAAAAAUUCCCAUGUACAAUGGAGGCACUUGCAGCCCGAUGUUCGAGGUUUACCAGCUUAAAGUGAAAGUUUACUCCUCAAAGGUGUAUGAGGACCUGAAAAAAGGUCAGGAAAAGGUUUUCAUGGGAGUCGAGACAUCUGUACCUCUGUGUGGAGACAUCAAAGUGGUAUUCUACAACAAACCCCGCAUGAAGGGAAAGGAAAAGAUGUUCCAGUUCUGGUUCAACACUUUCUUUGUAAACGUGGAUGGAUCAUAUUCCGACAAGCCUCAGGCUAAUGGCACCACAAGUUAUUGUGCAGGGGAGAUGGCUCAAUAUGACAACUCGAGGUUUCUAUACAUGACCCUUCUUAAGGAGGAUUUGGACAAAGCCAACAAAGACAAAUCACAUAAAUUAUUCAGUCCAAACUUUCAGGCAAAGUUACAUUUCAAAACUCCUGACCCAGAAUUUCCAAGGAACGGAAGCAGUCUGAGUAGCAGCCUGACAGUCCCAUCUCAUGUUACGUCCAGCGCCGGCCCUGGCCACACACGCUCACCUACGUUUGAAAGUAUUUCCACAUCGCUAAAGGACAGUUCGCAUGCUUUACCAUCUUCCAAUAUGGGCCAGACUCGUUCAUUGUCUGAACUGACAUUAAAAGACCCCCCCAUUAACAGUCGUGCCGCUCAUUUACAUAGUCAUAAAAGCAGUCAAAAAAGCACAGGUAGCGACACGGGCUCUCCUGCCGGGAGUAGUGAAGGACUCGCAGAUACACUCAGUGAGAAUGAACAAGAUGAAAAUCUGUCAGACACCGACACGGAUGAUGAAUGGGAUGGACUAGAAACAACGCUUGUAUAGCAUGUGUGAUAUUAGUUUGGGGAAGAAGGGGGGCUUACUACUCGUGUGUAAAUGUAGGAACGUGAGACAUGGUGUGUGUAGCAGUAAACGUGUGUAAUAGAUUGUCUAGUAUAGUAGAUAUGCAUGGUAAAGACUGCUAGUGUAUGUGUGAUAUUGAAGUUAUACUACAUGAAGUGUAGUAGUGUAUAUGUGUUUAGAAGCUGAAUGAUAAUGGUUUAUGUGCAUGACACAGCACCAUUUCAUCAAAGUGGCUUUAAUGACUGCAACAAAUAUCAUGAGAUUUUUAUUUAAGAUGUAUUUUGCUGGGAAUCAAUUUAAGAAAUUGUUGGUAAUGAGGUGUUCUGUGUGGUGGCAUUUCUGGUGACACAGAAAUGGGUUGGACUUGUUAUGUCUGCUGUUUAAGUUUGUCAGGUUUAUUAGGAUUGUUAUUCUGUAACUAGAAUUGUUAUCAACUGUUUAUUUUUCCCCAAAACUCUUACUUUUUGACGCCAACAUUAAUGUGUUUGUCUCUUUUUCAUGGUUGAGUCAGUCUCUAGUAUGUAGAAUUUCUAUCAGUUCAUAAACUUGUAUCAUUUAGUGAAAUCACCAAUGCUACCUUCCACACAUUUUUUUUUUUUGUUAAGAGUUUUUCGAAUAAGUUAAUAAGUUUCCAGUAUUAUCCUGUGAUAGACCAGGAUCGUUUUAGUGUUACAAAUGCUUGAACUCUUUAUUCAUUUUCAAAUGUAUCAUCAAUUUUAAAACAUCAUGCAAAUUAUUGAUCCCAUUAGAUAUACAGAUAUUUUUAUGGAACUCUUCCAGAAAGGAGAUUUAUAUUUCUUUAAGGUAACAUACAUCCUUACAAUGAUAUGGGUACAUACAGAACUUAAUUUGUAACAUUUUUAGUGGAAGUAUCAUUUAAUUUUUUUUAAAUGAAAUUCCUCAAUUUUUCACCAUUUAAAAUUUUCUGGGGGCCAAUGAUGCAUAUUGUGCUGAUUUUUUCCUUAUGAAAUGACAAAAGGGCAAAAACAUUUACCUGAUGUCGCAUCUAAAGCUGAAUCUGUAUGAUAAUUUUUUGAAGAACUUUUAUAUUUAUAUAAAUGUCUAUUAAAUAGUUGCCAAAAUUCACACAAGACCCUCCAGAUGUAUAAAGAUAAUUGACAUUACUGUUUCAUAAUAUAAGAAGAUAGAAAAUAAGGAAUAUUUCACUUUAUGAUACAAGUAACAGUCAUUAGUUGGUUAUUAAUUUCACCAUCUUCAAAAAUAUCAGUGAUUGAGAAGAAAUAUCACAUAUUUUUGUAUGUUAUUCGAAAAUACUUAAUUAUCAAAUAUCAACACUGAUUUAAUUGAUAUUAAUUAUUUGAUAAAAAGUUGAACAGUAAAAGAUAAUUAAGGACACUGAUCUAGACUUGUUGGUGCUGUUUUAAUCAUUUUACUCGGUAAAAUGUGCAUUUGCUUUUGAAGCUUUGUGAAAGAUGCAGAAAAGUAAAAACAUUAAUUACUAUAAUUGGUGCUUCACUGCUGUAUACAUUGUAACUUGGCUAUUAUGUUGGCUUCUGAAGUGCUUCAUUAAUACCUACAUAUUUUGAUAUUAUAUGAAAAAUCAGGAUCAUAUUUCUCUAUUUAUAUUUAUGGUUUGAACUGAUAUGUACUUAGUACAGUAAUAAAAGCUAUGUAUAAAAGUGAUUUCAAUAGAGGUGUAAAUCAUGUAAUUUGGUUGAUAAUUGACGCCAUAAAUAAUUUUUCAAUAGCAGAUCAAUCUUGAAAUUAACAAUUUUCUGCAUCCUACAUGUAAACACCUUUUAGUUUGUUCAAAAAAAAGACUUAAUAAAUAAAUGUUGUGUGUUGAUGAUAAAAUUCAGACUUGUAGCUGUAGAGAAUGGAUGAUAGAGCUGAAUACAUGUAAUAAACAUAUACCUCGAUUGAGGUCAAUACCAUCAACUGAUGAAAAUUAUCUUAACUGUCACAAGAUCAAUAUAACAGUAGAAUCAGGUUAUCAAAGCAGAUAGAACAAAAAGUAACCUACAUAAUGAGUAAAUCUUCAUAGACAUUAACAUACUUGAAAUUUGCAUCUAGGACUUUUUAAAUUUAAAAUAAGUUGAGAUUUCCAUUUUUCUUCUGGCUUUAAUUAGUUUCUUGUCAUUUCCUUAAAUAUAUUUGCAAGAGAAAAUAAUUGAUCGAUUUUGAUGCCUUUUAAAUCAAAUCACUCUGUAAAAUAAAUAUAUAUAUUGUACCCAAAUUGAGUACUAUUUGUCGGAGAAAUAAACUUCUAAAGUGAUAGGGCACCUGUAUUAUUACACAGGCUCAUUUGUCAGAAUGGUGUGUUGUCAUCACAUGUUUGUACUGUGUGUGUGUUCAUGUAUAUUCUAUUUGUGUGUAUUCCAGUUGUAAGUGUGUAUGCUGCAGUGGUUUGUGUGUGUACAGGUGCGAAUGUACUAGUUAUGUCAGUGCUCAUUAGUUAAAUGGAAUGAAUGUUCAGGUACGUAAAAAUGAUCUCAUUACUCAAUAUAUUACACUUGUUUCUCUGUCUAUGACAUCUGUCCACAGGUAUUUUACGUGUGACCUGUAAUUAUGUUUUGUUCUAUGAAAUGAAAAGUCUGAUGGUAGGGCAUUAUCCCAUCAUCAUCACAUUCCAAUAUGAGAUGUAGUGACUUGAAUCAGUCAAUGUCAUUCAUCACCUGGUUAAAUCAAGUGUCAUUCAUCACCUGGUUAAAUCAAGUGUCAUUCAUCAUCUUUGGCGGAAAAACAACAUGAUAGUCAUAUAUCUUUGCUUUUGCUUUGGAAUUUUGUUUUGGAAUUUUUACAAAAGGUGUUUUUAUUUUGUACAGUCCGACCUGUCAUGUGUAGCCUUUGGAUGCAUCAGAUACUGUAAAAGUGCACCUUUUUAUUGGGUGGAGUUGUUUUCAUUUUGACCAUUUAAAGUGAUUGUGGUGUGGACAUAUUUGUAAGCAAUAGGUCUGAAAUCUAAUAUUCAAUUUAUCUGUAAUUAAAGCUAAAACAGGAACAUUUCAACAUUGUGAACAAUUUAUCUGUAAUCUAUAUAGAUUUAAAGCUGAAACAGGAUCAUUUCAACAUUGUGAACAUUUUAUCUGUAAUCUAUAUAGACUUAAAGCUAAAACAGGAUCAUUUCAACAUUGUGAACAUUUUAUCUGUAAUCUAUAUAAACUUAAAGCUAAAACAGGAACAUUUCAACAUUGUGAACAUUUUAUCUGUAAUCUAUAUAGACUUAAAGCUAAAACAGAAACAUUUCAACAUUGUGAACAUUUUCAUUUUUACAGCAAGUCCAUCGUAUUUAUCAACAUGCCCUUUUACAGAUGUACCAAAUUUCCUUUUCCUGUUAAAGAUGUAAAUUUUUAAGAGCAGCUGUAUAUAUUUUGGUAAUGAAAGUGUAUGGCAUUCAAUCAGUGCUUGUUUAUUUAAUCAUCGAGAGUUCUGUCUUAUAAAAAGUUAAUUUCUGCUGUUGGUUGACAUUUUU